UCGUGGCGUUGGAGAACGCCUGGCAACUGUUUCCAAACAACAUGGCGGUCGGGGACUGAAUUAAAUCAACUCUGCAGGAACUUUUCAAACGUUUUACCAUGGAAGGAGACGUGGCCGGGGUCAGAAUCAACCCUCCCGUGGUGGAAUUCAUAGACAUCGUUCCAAACGAACAAUACAAAUGUACCCUGACCGUCCAGAAUAUCAGCAGAGCGAGCAAAAUUAUCAAGUUCCACGCGCCUUCAACCAGCGAGUUCAAGUUGAAGGUCCGUAACCCAGACCGUCCCGUUGCAUCCGGUCUGGAGGUUGUUGCGACCGUGGACUUCCAGACAGACAAGAAUGAUGACUGUAAAGACAGGAUCAUCCUAUUGGUGGACGAAGAUGUGGUGGAGAUACCACUCUAUGCCUUCACCCCCAGUCCUAUCAUGGUUCUUCACGGUCCCGUGGACUACGGCAUGGUUGUUGCGGACAGUCGGAUCCUGAGGCGCGAGACCGUGGUAGAGAACCAUGGCUCCAUGCCGGGGGAGUUCAAGAUCAAGUACAGCGGUUCCCUGCCCAUCACCAUCGCACCUGUGUCAGGGACGGUCGAGCCAAGGUCAUACCAGAUCAUCAGGAUUGAAUUUGCAACCAAAGAUCCUGGAACAUUUGAAGAAGAGGUUGAAGUGCGGCUGGAAGGUCAGGACCCACGCACACUCGUCAUCAAGGGGUGUGUGGUGGAACAGAAACUGCACCUACACAACAAGGACAACGAGCCUUUAGACUGUGUGAAGUUCGGCUCCACCUUCUACGGGACAGACUGUAUUGAAACAGGCUAUCUGUACAACGAGGGGCCAAAAGAGAUCAGCUUUGUGGCCAUACUGGAUGAAGGAGGGGUAGGAGAAGAGGCUCCACCAUGGAUGAGGGUCAUGGUUAAAGAGGGAGUUGACCUGACGAAGAGCACAGCCGCCACCCUAGCGAUAGCGGACAAAGAGCGCGCCCGCGGCAGCUGCAACCCGCUGACCUCGCUCGUCACAGCGAUCCCAAACCAAGGUGUCGUUGGUCCAUACCAGCGGGUGCCGAUCCAUUUCCGGUUUGCGCCUCGCUUCAGCUCAGCCGAGAUUGGCUGGAAAGGACUGACGAAGUCUCCGCCGCGCCAGGACUACGCGUUGUACAUGAGGUUCGAGAUGAUUGGCAGUCGAGAGGGCAUGGUCACCAGGGACUUUCUGAAUGGGAGCGCCAGAAAUGGAGUCACAGGCGUUGAAGUCGCCAUAACUGCAACAGCUCUCCCCAUACUGGUCAACCUUUCCCCGCACAACGCGCUGGACUUCCACGAGUGUCCGGUAGGGGAACACGUGGACGCGCUGUGCACGCUGCGGAACGAGUCCACCAUGUUACCGCUGACAUACAAGUUCAGGAAGAUUGCUCACUUCAGCAGCACGCCUUACAAGGGCAAGAUUGGGCCAGGAGAAGGACAGGACAUUGUCUUCUCCUUUGGUCCAAAACAAGUCGGCAACCUCAGGAGCAACAUGGUCAUGGACAUCGUCGGUUUCCGUGCCAACGAGGACGACCCCGCCCGCUUGAUAAAGCAGGCCAUCCACUCCUUCCCUGUGGAGCUGAACGGGAUUGGUCAGCCUCUGGUCAAGAAGAGAGACCCCAGGUUCAACCCAGGUAUAACGCCCCUUGUGGUAGGAGAGACUGGACAGUUUGUGGACGUGACGUUCUCAGACACGAAGCCGUACACGCCGCGUGCCGCAGUGCUGAACUCCACGAAGACCUCCAUCCACACGCCCAAGACUCUGACCGGGUCACGCGAGGACAGGAACGCCCUGGUGGCCUAUCCCAACGACAGGGCAGGCAGCAUCAGGCCCAGUGAUAGGAGGGAGAAAUACAGGACCAUCUUCACCAAAGCGGAGCGCCACACCUUUGUGGACCCAGACUAUGCCUACACUGAGGAGGAGGAGCAGAAGAAACAUGAGCACAAGCAGAAGUACAUCGGCUUCCUCAGGGAACAGCGGACAAACAGGGAGAAGAUGAAAAUGGAGAGAGAGUUUGUGGAACUGAACAACAAAGUAGACAUGGGGAUGAAACCAGCAUCAGGCCUCCGACCUCCCAAGGUCAAAGACAAGGACACUAUAACUGCCGGCGAGCCCGGCCCGCUCCCCAAUGAGAAGACUCGUCUCCUGAGCACGAGGGAACUGCGGGAAGCGGAAAGGACGGCCACGGUACGGCCGGUCAGCGAAGGACUGAAUGCCGUCCCGACCACGCCACAGGAAAAGUCUGACUGUAAGAAGAAACUGACACCACAGGAGCUGCAUCAGGUCGUCAUUGGACCUCCUACCAUAGAGUUCGGGGAAGUGUGCCUGCGGUCCACCAGUGUGAAGGAACUGAACAUCAUGAACAACCUGAACCAGCACAUCAGGGUAGUGGUGGAUAUUGACUGUACAGAGCUGCGCCAGACCAGCCCCCUGUCCCAGGUGGUCCCGCCCUGUGCCAAGGCUCAGCUGCCUCUCAUCUUUGAAUCCCACCAUAAAGGCAGGUUUCAAAGGUCUGUGAUGUACACAGUGAACGGGCACCACACCCACCAUGUACUAGUGAUGGCUGAGGUUGUGCCUGUUGCACUAGAGCUGUCCACUCAGGAGCUGAUAGUCAAACCUUUCUCUGGGAUGCCUGCUGAUGCUGGUCUGAGGGGAACUGUCACACUACACAACAAGAGAAACUACCCUGCAGAGUUCCAGUGGCAUCCCAUCCUGGGGGAGAGAGGCAUGGCUUUCUCUAUCAGACCUGCUUCAGGAACUGUUGAUGCUUUUAAAGACCUGGCCUGUGAGGUGGUGUUCCACCCCUCCUACCUAGCACCCGAGGAGGGAGAGUUCAACCUGCUGGUCAACGGGGGUGGGACGGAACAUCUCAAGUGUUCUGCAAAGUUGGGACAGACUGCGGUACAGUUUGUAGAGCGGCGGAUCCUGUUUGGCUCGGUGCCCAUCAACAUGACGACGACUCGUACAGCUCUGUUGCACAACACUAGCCAGCAUCACGCCUACUACCAGGUCGUUGACCCGAACCCCUUCCCCGGCCUGACUGUGUCUCCCAUCCAUGGAGCAGUGCCUGUAGGAGGCUAUGCUGAACUCAAGAUUGAGCUGACUCCAAACGCAGUGAUCAAGUUUGACACGAGGAUCCAGGUAGCGAUACGCGGCUGGAAGACCGUGGAGCUGCGGAUGGGAGGCAAGGUGGAUCCGCCGUGUGUCGACAUCGACAUGAAAGAGUUCAAGUUGGGAGGAGUGUUCUGUGGAUCCCAGUUCACCAUCCCGUUUGUGCUGGGCAACCUGACCAGGACCAAGACUAAGGCUGAGUUUGACCUGACCAGAUAUAUGGACUUCAGGAUCAACUUCCUCAAGCAAGACUUGGAGAUUGACCCGAUCGACCCCCUAACACCAGGGAUGUACCGUAUCAUGCUGGAGGGGGAGGAGAUAGUGCCGUGUGAGCUUGUGUUCAGCCCUACUGAGGUUGCCUCAUAUGACUUCCUGAUGCCAGUACACAUCAACGCCAUGGAUGCACCCAGCCCCACCCCCAGCUCCUUCCCCCCCACCCCUGCCCCCUCCGUCCAACACAUCAUCCCACCCCGCAUCAUCGAGGUUUCCAUAGCGACACCUCGCAGGCGUAUCCUAGCAACAGCCUUGAGGCAGCCACUACAAGUGUCAAACUUGAACCUGGAGUUUUACCUGCCACCUGGGUUCAUGGAGCUGGGGAUAGCUUCUGAUGUGGGACAGAGAGGGUCCAACAGUGCUGCUUCCCAGGUCCAGAACCUAGAUCAGUACACAGUCCUAGUGAACAACAGCCCCUCUCCCAUCACCUGGGGCCUGGAUCUGGAAGCCUGUAAGUCGGAGGCCCUAGAAGAGGGGACCUUCAAGUUCCUGGGGCCGGGAGGAGUACCCUUUGUGAACUACCGGGAGAAAGGGAUAGAGGGCACUCUUCAGCCUGGAGAGACAUAUGAGCUGGGGGUGCUGUUCUGUCCAAACUGCCCUGGCCAGUUCUAUGCCAAGGUCCCCAUUAUCCUAAAUGGCAAGCGGGAGCUCCCUUACCAGUACCUGCAGGUCAGGGGUAACAUGAGGUCACCCAAAGUGACCUUUGACCCCUUACAGGUGGUGCUGAUGCCAGUACCCCUGGCUACAGAAGUGUCAGCAGAGUUCAGCAUUGUAGCGUCGGCCUACACCAAGCCCUCCUCCAUCAAAGUGGAAAUCCCUGACAUUGAGUUGGACGACGGGAGUAUAGCGUCUGUUCUGAAGGUCGACUUCCCAAAAGGACAGAACAUCCAGCCGUGUUCGCAGGACGCGGGGCAGGAGGAACCGUUCAUCUUCCCGUGUGUCGUGACCUUCGCCUCCCCGCGACCGGUCUCCUUCAGCCAGCCAAUCACAUUUGUGGAUGAUGAAGGGAGAAGCUUCACCUUCCACGUGAGCGCUACCGCAGACAACUGCGUGCUGAGUAACUACCCGUUCCUCGCCAAGCAUCGUACCGACCACCACAUCAUACGCAAUGAGGAGGAGACAAGGGAAAUUGUAGUACGUGAGGGGACCGGUGCUCUAGGUGAGGCCGUGAUCAUCCCGACAGCCUCCCCGCGCCGCCCCUCCACCCACGGCAGCACCACAGGCACGAGCACCGCGUUUGGCAUGAGCAGCUCCAGCUACGAGGACACGUCCAAUAGUGUAACAGGUGACACCUAUCCCAGCAGCCCUAGGGAAGGCGCGGUGCCCCAGCUGCCAGCCGCUGACUCAGAGAUCCAGCAGGAGCGACAGGAGGCGGCGUCACGCUCGCUGGGGUCGGCAGCGUUUCCCGAGGAGGACUCGGAGGAAGGGAUCUUCCACGGGGAGGUGGCGCUGUCUGCACAGCGCUGGUUCUCCAUGCAUGGCUGGCCAGGAGGACCCUUCCCCAUCACUAUACCACAGUCUCUUAGGAAGGGUGUAAGCAGGAUGCACACAGACCCAGACGAGCGCAGCAAGGUGACGUCCCGCGGCGGCAGCUGGGACGCCUCCAGUCUGAAGAAGGAGAUCAAGACUGUGUACGACAUGAUCACCCACCUGAGCGGCCGCCCGGUCCCCGGGAUCCCCAUUAACCAACCCCUGCCUGUGGACCCUACAGAACGGGUUCUACAGCUACACUGGCAACAUGCUACACUCCUCACUUUCAUCAAGAGCCAGGGCGGUUGUGUUGCGGCCAUCCGUCCUGAGUACCUGAUGGAACCUGAGGAUUUCCGCUGGUGGGUGAAGGUGCAGGCCAGGAACAGGGUGAAGGAGGAGAGGAGGAGCAGGGAGAUGGCAGCCGCUGCAGGGAUAGAACCUGAGUUAACGUUUGAAGAGGAGGCAGAGAGGCGUGAGCUGGAGGAGGUUCUGUUUGAGUCUGUGUCCAAGAAAGCCUGGAGUGACGUGCUGCUACAGCUGCUCAAGGUUCUUGUGCUGUCCAGAAUCACCCCCAGACAGUUCAAGAACAUCCCCCUCCCCAUCAAGGACAUCCCCCUCCCCACGGUGAACCCUGACCCACUGGCCAGUAACAUUUACGGUGUGGGGGAGAGAAUCCUGCUGGCAUGGCUCAACCACUACUACGAACACAUGAGGCACAAAGUCUGGGCUGACUGUGACAAAGGUGGCGUCCCUCCGUCUCGCUGGGUGGUGAAUUUUGACUUUGACCUGCUGGAUGGACUGGUCCUGGGAGCUGUACUGGCGGCACAUGUGCCCUUCCUGAUCAAGACCCAUCUGAACAGUAUGUACACCCACCCAUCCACCCCAGAGCAGUGCCUACACAAUGCACUCAAAAUCACCAGUGCCUUCAAGACCAUAGGACUGGACUAUGACAUACAGGCUAUUGACAUCACCGACCCCAACCCAGUAGCCAUGUUACUGCUGUGUGUUCACCUGUACCAGCGCCUGCCACACUAUCUACCCAAGGCUACUGUGGAAUUUGUGGGGUCCCUACAUGCCACAGUGCAGAAAGAGGUACGUCUGACCAACCCCAGCUCAAAGCCUUUGAUCUACCACCCAAUGAUUGCUGGCCGAGAUGCCCGUGACUUCAUCAUCCCCAAGGCGGAGGCCAUCUCCGUCCCGCCGCGUGGAACUCACAACCUUCCCGUGGAGUUCACCAGUCGCCUGCUGCGGCCUGCGGAGGCCGUGUUGGUCCUGGUGGGGCGCAGGGCGGGCGCUUCCGUCGGAUCCACCCUCGUGUUUAACCUCAGGACACUAGUGGACAACAUCACACCUAAGUCCUUCUCUAACAAACAGGGCAACAUCAAGAUCGAGUCGCCCUGCUACGAGCUCUACAGGUGCAAGCUGAACGUCACCAACCCGUUUGACGAGCCAGGAGAGUUCCGUAUCGUUCUCGUGGAAGCCCGCGAGCCCUUCCCUUCACCCAAGGCCAGGAAGUCGGCCUCUCAGAAGAGCAGCUCAGCAAAGUCAAUGAAGAAAGUCAAGUCCAAGAUUGAUCAUGGCCAGAAGAAGGUGGAUUCUCCUUCUCCUCCUCCUAAUGAUGAGAAGAUUGAAAUCACAGCAGCAGUGGAAAAAUCCACCACAGACAACACAGUCUUUGGGUCCUUCUUCAGCCCUAAGGCUUCUGUCCACCUGGAUGGGCGUGGCUCUGCGGAGGUGGAGAUCGAGUUUCUCCCGUUCCAGACCGGACAUCGCCAGUGUUCCGUCCUCUUCAUUAACGAGGAGGUGGGAGAGUUCCUGUACUCCAUCGAGGCGUCCGCAGUGCUGCCGCUGCCGUCAGUGUUACCGUGGGUCCCCAGUCCGCACAGUGUGAGGAUCAGCAGUGCAGCUGCUGCAGGCUGCAGACUCCUCCCCAAGAGAUGCAGUGCUCCUCUCCCAGGUAAGGGAAGAGGCCUGUUUGGAGGAGAUGAUCGAGUGAUCUACUGGAAGUGUGAGAACAACUCUGUCCUGAAGGAGAACCUGGUCAUCCCCAUCACAAACGCUGCCAGGGAGCGCUCACUUGUCAUCGCUGCACAGCAGAGGAUGUCCGAGUAUGAGCGCGAGAGGAGAAAGGUUGCUGGUACGUUGGCCAGUGGAACUGUGACAGCGGCCAUCGCGGCGAUGGGUCUACACGACCGCGUGGUGGAUCGUUCUCGACACAUCACCACCUCACACAUGCUCAUCGCCCCUCCAGAAGGCACCACAUUUAAUGUACAGGUCAGCUCCCCGCUGUUUGACGCCCCCAUUCAAGUGUUUGUCCCCUCACCGCUCAACAACCGGCCCAAACCGGCUUCAGAGGUGGCCAGGGAGGGACCCAGGAUGGAGAGAUCAGCAGCAGGAAUUGUUGGAAACCAGGGUGUAAUUUUAGACGACGGCACCAUCAACAUCCCGAUCAAGUUCCAGCCAAAGGGCGCAGGCCACUACCCCUGCCGCAUCGUCCUCUUCGCUCCUAACGACGUGCGAGUCUUCCAGCUGGAGGUUAUCGUGAACCCAGACGGCAGCACUGCUGAACUGGAGUUUGUCACACCUGCACACCAGUCUGUGUCACAGGAUAUUCCCAUUCACAACCCGACCCUCCAUGAUUGGGAGUUGAAGGCAGAGCUGGAAGGAGACGGGUUCUAUGGACCACCCCUGAUGCUGGCCCGGGCACAGCAGACAACUCUGUACCCCCUCAUGUUCAGGCCAGUCUUGGAAUGUCUGUCACUGGGAAGGUUGUUGCUAAGGAACCAUGAAGAUGGCACAGAGCACAUCUUUAACCUUAAGGGACUGGGACAGAAGCCUCUGGCUCUGGACCACAUAAUUGUGCCAUGCAGGGCAAGGGAAAGGGUGACCAAAGUGGUGCAGGUUCCCAACGUGUCCAACAGGAAGCUCAUCUACCAGGUAUCCUCCAGCCUGUCCUGCGUGUCGGGGCCACCCACGGUUACGGUGUUGCCGGGGCAGACCACGCCCUACAGGGUGUCAAUCACCCCCUGGCAGAGGGGAACCUUCAGUGGUGUCAUCACCUUUGUGGCAGGAGAUGCACAGAAACUACGGGAAGAGGACUCUAGUAGUGAUGAGGAUGAUGAACUGCCCACCUCCCCCGUCACGCCCAGCUCUCGAAUGUCAUCUUUUGCAGGAGAUACAGAUGGAGACUUCCCUGGUGGUUACCGGGUGUGGUACUCCCUGGAGAUCCAGGCCAGCCCACCUGAGCCAGAGAAGCGUCUCCAAAUCACCUGCUCAGCACAGCUGUUGGAUUUUGUGAGAGAAGGUGGCGUUCCAAAGUCUGCUGCCAUGAUGGAAGUUCCCAUCCAAAACCCCACGAACAAGGAGCUGACCCUGUCCGUCACGAUUGAGGGGGCGGGGCUUAGCGGGGAACCCAAGGUCACCCUGACCCCUGGGGAGGAGAAGUGGUACCAGCUGCUGUUUGCUCCGACCGUAGUGGGGAAAACCAGGGGAAGUUUGAUCUUCUAUGGUGAAACUGUGGGGGAGUUCUGGUAUGACCUCGACCUUGUAGCAAACACACCUGCACCAAAAGUCCUGCCGCAGAUGGAAUGUGAACUUGGAAGAUGGACUCGCCAGUUCAUCCGCCUGUACAACCCCACUGAUGAGCCCAUAGAGCUGGAGCCACAGAACAGUAACCCCAACAACUUCAGUCUGGAGGUGGACCCUGCCAAACCUAUAAUUCUGCAGCCCAGGUCCAGUCUCAUGGUGCCGCUGCAGUUCCUUCCUUCAGCACUAGGGAGCGCUAAUCACACAGCUGAGAUCACCUUCUGUAGUGAACAUUUGGGGGAUUGGGUGUACCUGGCAUCAGGUACCGGUAUCCUACCCCAGCCCCUGGACCCAGUCAUGGUCAGCGCGGAGUUCCAGUCCAACACCUCCCUCAUCAUCCCCUUCAGAAACCCAUUUGACGAACCUGUCAUUGUGGAUGUCAUUCUGACAGGUUAUGAGCAGGGGAAAGACCAAAAGCAGUUCCUCCACAAGAUCAGUGAAUCAGUCAUCAAGCAGUCCAUCACAACAGAGUCCGCCUUCUGUCUCCUCCUCAAACACCCUCACAACAUCCACCUGGCGCCCAGGGCGACCCUUGACCUCCCCCUGACCUUUGCCCCCAACCGUAUGGAGCUGCACGAGGCGGUGUGUGUGGUGUCCGUGAGGAGGGAGGACGGACAGAGCUGGAAGUUUGGGGCACAGGCCAUGAAGAUCGAGACACUGGACGGGGAAAGUGGAGAAAGGAGUGCGAGUAGGACCAGCAGCGGUGGUCUGCGUGACGUGCGCUGGAUUUACCCCAUUCACGGUGUCCCCGAGUCCCACCCUGUGAAGGACGCAGCGAGGGCGGCCACCGUGGAGUGUCAGGCCAGGAACAGGGUGGAGGAGAGGUUAGAGGUCACGCUGAUGGGCGCUGCUCCCAGCUCGGCUGGAGGGUAUCCCAACCCGAUGAAGACCAGGGCCAUCACUCCCAUAGAUGCACAACGACCAAGUACAGAUGGGGUCAUUGUUGGAGAGGGCAACACUGUGGCAGAAGAGUUCUCGUAUGAGAUAGAGUAUGACUCGGAGGAUGCGCAGAGCCUGCUGGAACACUCCCUGGGCCUGAGUCUGGUCAGGAAACAGCGAGACAGGGUCAGCGGGGUCGUGGUGCUCGUCUUUAACCUCAUCUUUGCUCCUGCAAAGCCUCUCAGACAUAAUGUGGAGUUGCUGGUGAGGUCUGCUACAGGAGGGGUGUGGAGAUUUCCCAUCAGGCUGUGUGCCACUGAGCCAACCCCUGAUGACAUCAUCACCAUCGAAUCUGUGGGUCUGAAUAAGGAGUCUGCUGUCGCCUUCAGGCUGACCAGCCAACAGAGUCAUCCUGUUGCCUUCCAUGCAUACUUUGUUGCGGGGAGUGAUCCUGAGUUCCAUGUGACUCCCCAGACCGGGGAGCUACUGCCGUUGGGAACAAACGGCACCCAGAUCGGCAUCUCCUUUACACCACGAAUCUACGGCAAGCAAUACAAUGCCAAACUGGUCAUACAGACCCAUGACAUGCAGUGGACCUACAACAUCCGCGGGAUGCCCCAGGUCUACAAACCACCCGUGGGGCGCUCCUCCAGCCCCAUCGCUGGCCCCCACCCCAAACCUACACUCUACGGGCCCAAACGUAACUUCCUGAAGGAGAACAUGCAACUGGUCACCACUGGAGUCUCCUCACCGAUCAAAGGGACGUCCAUUCUGCUUAAGUAGUCGUGAUCAACCCUAUCAACACUAUAAAACUAUAGUACAUUCUGGUCAAGGAAUUUCAACAUAGGAUAAAACUACUAUGCAACAGUGAAUAAUGUUUUGUUCCAUCCAGGUUUCAACUUAAAACUGAAAUAUCUUUCCGUCCGUAAGAAAGCCACAAAGUGAACUAAUUGAUGAAGUGUCAUAUUUCAAGCUGCUAUGUAUGAUUAUUAGGAAUACUUAUAUGGUGAUACCAUUUUCUGUUGAAAGUAUAAAACAUGUAAGUGCCUAAAUCCUGUAUACUUUGUACAUAGAGUAGGUGAAUAUUCUUACAAUAGCAGUGAAAUACCCAUGAACAAUUGCCAAAAUUAUCCAACUUGCUGCUGUGUACUUGAUUAUAGUUAUCAAAAACCAUCAGUCAUAGUUUCUCAAAAUCCCUAAUUAAGGAAUUCUACAGAAUUUUUUUCAAUGGGAAGGAGUUCAUGUUUCUCAUUGGAAGGGAUAAGGAAUACUAAACAGGAUUGCACCACAUUGCCAAACAAAUCUUGAGUGAAGAAAAAAUGUUUUAAUGUAAUGCAGUUUGUAAAUGUUCACUUUGAAUUUCAGAUGUAGCAAUACAUGUGUACAUGCAUACAAGAUUGUACAAGAAGCUUAGAAUAUGUGGUAAAAAUACAUGUAGAUACAAAUCCAAGAAAGUUAAGGGUAUAAACACAAAAUAGCCUGUAAAGUAGAGUAUGAGAAUGAUGACUAUGCAGAUAGGGGUUGUUGUUCAUUUAACAGGGAGAAUUCUCAAUUUUGUACAUGUGAAAGUUCGUGAAUGGUGUUAAUAUAGAGCUUUAAGAAUGGUUUACCUUCUGUAUAUACUGUGCGUUAAAGUCUGCACUUCCCGUGGAUUGGACAAGUCACUGUGCCUUAUUCAGAAUACAUUAUAUGGUUUUACAACA